AUGGUACUACUAGUAGUCCUGGGCCUGGUGCUGAGCCUGGCCACUGCGCAGUUCAACCUGCAUACUGCUGUGCGGCGAAACUACAACCUGGCCAGGAUUUCUGGGACCUGGUACCUCGAUUCCAUAGCCUCAGAUAACAUGACGCGCAUUGAAGAAAAUGGAGACCUGAGGCUCUUCAUCCGGAACAUCAAGCUCUUAAAUAACGGCAGCCUGCAGUUUGACUUCCAUUUCAUGUUGCAAGGAGAAUGUGUAGCUGUGACCAUGGUCUGUGAGAAGACUAAGAAUAAUGGGGAGUUCUCCGUUGCCUAUGAGGGGGAAAACAAGGUGCUGCUCUUGGAGACCGACUACAGCAUGUAUAUCAUCUUCUACAUGCAGAACAUCAAGAAUGGGACCAAGACCCAAGUGCUGGCACUCUAUGGGCGCUCCAUAGAGCUUGACAAGACUCAUCAGAGAGAAUUUGAAAACCUCUGCAAUCUAUAUGGGCUGGACUCACAAAAUAUCAUCGACAUGACACAAAAAGAUUUUUGCUUUUUAUAG